AUGGCGCAUCCCACAGAUUGGAAAUCCUCUCAGUUUAACAGACCUCCCACUGUGGAUGGCAUGAAAGAACUCAACACUCUAAUUGCUUGCCCUCAAGAGCUCACCAGGAUCACUGGAUCAGAACCUCAUUGGAUGUCUGCCCUCUUAUCUUUGCAAGCACAUGGAUCCCACAAUGAUGGCGGGCACCUGGAGACCAACAACGGCUUUCACACUUUUACUGACUUGCAUUAUAGUACAGGGUUUUCCAAAGUCCAGAAAGCUACUCAGGACAACAGAUUGAAUAAUUGGUGUUCUCAUAUCACUCACACCAACAACAUCUUAAACUGCAUCUUUGAUCUUUGCACUAUUCUCGACAGGUUAACGGGUGGCUCAACUAUCAUAUUGCACCAUCCAGGUGCAACAUCACCGAAUGCAGAUGUUGUACCAGAAUCCCUCAAAGCUGAGGUGUACAUCAACCCCAGGGUCCUUGCCGAGCAUCAAGAGCUCCACCCAGUACUUGCACAGAUUACACAGACCUUCAUUGCCGACUAUGUGCUCCAUUGGCACAUGCCUUUGCUGAGACUUGCAGUCGCAAGUGGGUUCCCUUGCCAGUAUCUUCAAACUCUGCGCACUUUGUCUUUCAUGGACUGUCCAGCUGGUUCUUUAGAAAGUCUCCUCAACUCAUCCUCCCAUAUCUUAUCUUAUGCGCCUUUGUAUGAUGGCAAUGUUAUAUGGGAGCCGACUCAGGUACAAAUCAGGCAUGCCUGCACUGAUUACAACAACAGUGGGGGCAGUGCUAGUGUGCCAUCUAGUUCGCAUCCUUCCAGCUUGCAUCCUUCCAUUUCGCAUCCUUCCAGUUUACCUCCUUCCAUUUUGUGUCCUUCUCGUUCAUUUUGUGUUGAACCGAGCAGCGCAGGAACUGAGACCCAAAAACUUGUGUUACAUGUCAACAAACCUGCCAAGUCCCUUCACGCCCCGGUCACAUUCUACAAGACUUCAGACAGUGACAACAACAACGACAUCAAUGUUUUCAACUCUCCACAACAAUAUCCUCCUGUAACCCCUACAUCAACUCAUUCAGUGAAGAGGGCUGUAUCAUUUGUGCCUCCUCCCUCACUCAUCACCUACUCCAUAUCUGAACCGCAAACCUCUCGCAUAUCAACACUUGUCCCAUUUGGGAAGAAGACUGAAGCAGCUCUGGAAGAGCUAGGGUAUCCAGAUGUGUUUCAUUCUAUCUGUACUUCAAUUCAGAAACAGUACCUUACUAAGAAAUGGGUUAUGAAAUUGCAGGAGCUUGCUAAGAUUCCCAAGGAGCAUGCUGAAGCUAUUGUCAAUACUAUGUUGCACGAUGUCACACUUUCAUAA